AUGGCCACCGCUACGGACAAGCUCGUCGACUCGUGCUUUGCCGUCCAAUGCGACAAGUGCGGCAAGACGACCUGGAAGGGUUGCGGCAAGCACAUCGACUCGGUCAUGUCCCAGGUGCCCCCGGAGCAGAGGUGCACCUGCCCUCGCUGA